AUGCCAAUUGCAGUGGUGGAGAGAUCUUUGACUUGGGAGAGACCAACAAAAGGGGUGGUGAAAAUUAACAUAGAUGGGGCCUUCUGUAGUAAAGACAUGAUUGCUGGUGUUGGGGUGAUAGGAAGAGACAGUAAUGGCAGAUACUUGGGCAGCCUUGGUAUGAUUAUUGAUGCAAGGUCUGCUUUCAUGUCUGAAUGUAGAGCCUUACUUGAAGCUUUGAAAAUGAAAGAUAUAUUUUGUGAUGGAGAGGUGAUAAUUGAGACAGACUGUUUGGAACUGUAUAGAAGAGUAAGAAGUAGGAACUUGGAUGGAUGCGAUUGGAAGUGUGUGGAAAUGAUGCAGGAGUGUUUAGAGUUAGGGGAUAAGACAGACAGAUGGUCAAUAGCCUUGGUAGCUCGUGGGGACAAUAGUGCUGCAGACUUUUUAGCAGCACAAGCUAUGAGGAGAAUGGUACGCAAGGAUGGCUUGAUAAGCCACCACCUCCUCUGA